AUGGAAAUUGGUAUGCUACCAAUCUCUGCAUCAAAGAGAGGAAAACUCUUAGCUGCUGGUUACACAACACUCCACGCCAUUUCUCGCACUUCCACCACCAUCCUUGCUCGAGAUAUAGAAGUUUCUGAGAGUGAAGCUUCAGAAAUUCUGAAAUUUGCAACCAAAACUAGUGCUUUGGACAGAUCAAGUGGGAGUAAUACUAACAUUAUUGAUGGUGGUCAGACUGCUUGGGAUAUGCUCAAUGAGGAAAGGUUUUCUUCUCUCGUUACCACUUCUUGUGUUGAUCUAGAUAACAUCCUUGGUGGAGGAAUUAGUUGCAAAGAAGUCACUGAAAUAGGUGGUGUCCCGGGCAUUGGUAAAACCCAAAUAGGGAUUCAACUUGCAGUAAAUGUUCAGAUUCCACUAGACUACGGUGGCAUUGGUGGGAAGGCAAUAUACAUUGACACUGAAGGAAGCUUUAUGGUUGAACGUGUUCUACAAAUUGCUGAAGCAUGCAUAGAAGACAUGUCAGAAUAUAGCCACCACUUUCACAAAGAUAAUCAAGCUUAUGGAGUUAAAAUGCACCCUAAUAGCAUCUUGGAAAAUAUAUUCUAUUUUCGCGUUUGCAGCUAUACUGAACAAAUUGCUUUGGUAAAUUACUUGGACAAAUUUGUCACGGAGCAUAAAGAUGUGAAGAUCAUCAUUAUUGACAGCGUCACUUUCCACUUUCGCCAAGACUUUGAUGAUAUGGCUCUCCGAACACGAUUACUCGGUGAAAUGUCUUUAAAGUUGAUGAAGCUUGCAAGAAACUUUUCUUUGGCUGUUGUUAUGUUGAAUCAAGUUACAACCAAGCAUAUUGAAGGUUCAUUUCAAUUGACCCUUGCACUAGGUGAUAGCUGGUCGCAUUCUUGCACAAACCGGAUCAUCUUAUAUUGGAAUGGCGAUGAAAGACAUGCAUACAUUGAUAAGUCCCCUUCUCUUAAAUCAGCUUCAGCAUCAUAUUCUGUGACUUCUAGGGGGAUACGUAAUUGUAAUUCUACUUCCAACAGUAAAAGAAUCAAGAUGGUGUGA